AUGGCAGCGACGGUGGUGAUUAUGCUGGCGAUGGCAGCGACGGUGGUGAUUAUGCUGGCGAUGGCAGCGACGGUGGUGAUUAUGCUGGCGAUGGCAGCGACGGUGGUGAUUAUGCUGGCGAUGGUAGCGACGGUGGUGAUUAUGCUGGCGAUGGCAGCGACGGUGGUGAUUAUGCUGGCGAUGGCAGCGACGGUGGUGAUUAUUCUGGCGAUGGCAGCGAUGGUGGUGAUUAUGCUGGCGAUGGCAGCGACGAUGGUGAUUAUGCUGGCGAUGGCAGCGACGGUGCACAAUGCCGCACGGCGUGAAGUGGGCGUGCCGGACCUGGCGUGGGACGACGGAGUGGCGGCAGCAGCGCAGGAGUGGGCGAACCACCUCGCAUCCAUCAACUGCCCGUUGAAGCACGGCGGUGCAAAGGGGCUCGGGCAGUACCUCUACUGGCUCACCCCUGCUGGGCUCACAAGCGAGGAGGACCGUGGGGCCGUGCAGGCGUGGGUGGAUGAGAAGGCUGACUGGACGCCUAGUCCGAUUCCGGAUGGGUGUGUGGAGGGGAAGAUGUGUGGGCACUACACGCAGGUGGUGUGGCAGGACACCACGCAUGUGGGCUGUGCCUCUGCGCAGUGCCCUGAUGGGGGCGGCAUGUGGGUGUGUGAUUACUCUCCGCAGGGGAACAUUGUUGGAUCCAUGCCCUUCUAG